AUCUAGUAAUCAUAGAAAUUAAUGUUAUGGGAAUAAACGUCAUUCAGUACUAAACCAUCGGCCUCGUCACUACAUUUGGCGACGACCGGAAAAUCAAAAAAAGAACUGAAGCGUGAAUUCUGGAGCGAGCAGGAGAAUUAUCAGCCCAAAUCAGGAGAUCUGAAGAAAAAUGGCAUUUUCUAUGAUCAACCAAAUCGUCCCUCCGUUCGUGGAAAAUGAUGAAGGUUCCCCGGCCAUUCGCUGGGAAAAGUGGCGGGAACACUUCGAAGCGUAUCUGGAAUGGAAAAAUGUUGUUGAUCAUGAGGAAAAGUAUAAAACGUUGAUGUUGUUCGGUGGCUCGGAUGUGCGCAGAGUAGUUUCGAAACUACAGGUAGAUGGAUCACAUCCGAUGGACAACCGUUACCGUGCUGCUCUCCAGUUGUUGGACGAAUACUUUAUUCCCCGUGUAUCCAGAACCUUUGAGAGGCAAAGAUUUCGGCAAAUGAUUCCGGAGGCCAACGAAAAACUGGACAAGUACGUGAUUCGUUUGAGGAAACAAGCAGCUAACUGUGGAUUUGAAAACCAAACGGACAACAUGAUCAUCGACCAGAUCGUAUCGACCGCUAAAGAUGACAAGCUGAAGCGGAAAUGGUUAGAAAAGGAUUAUACACUGGACGAAGUUCAAGCUAUGGCCAGAGCUCAAGAAUCAGUUCAAUUGCAAAUGCACGCCUGGGGAGAAAACGACACCAGCAACGUCGUGAAGGACGCAGUCAAUCAGGUGCAAGGCGGAAACCCAAGCUCCACAUUCCGUAAUACAAAGAACCGCCGAAUGGAUAAGACCGAUACGUUACAUGCAAGCAGAUGUUCCCGGUGUGACGGACGGCAUUCUUCAAACGACCCAAAAUGCCCAGCUGUGUCCCGUAGAUGCAAAAUUUGUCGGGAGGUCGGACAUUUCGCCCGGUGUUGUCGAAGAAGUAAGUCGAAGCAAAGCCACCAAAGUACUCCGGUUCAGAAGCAGAAAAGAUUCGUUCGUGAGGUUGCUGAAGGCGAUAUUGAUGAGCAGGUUGAUUGCCCGUCAACAUCUUCGUCAUUUGAUCUGUUUCACUUGGGAGCGACGAAGCGAUUUGUGUCAGCAAAGGUAGGCGGUGUUAGCCUGAAAAUGAUCAUCGACACAGGUGCGGAAGAAGAUAUCCUCAGUGAAAACGACUGGAAGAUGUUGAAAGCUACAGGAUUCGAGGCAUACGGAAUCAAGAAGGGAAGCAAUAAAGUGUUCCAUGCGUACGGAUCCAAGGCUCCGCUGGUGGUUUUGGGAGAAGUAAAAACAGACAUCAGCUUCGAAGGAAGGAACGUUGAUACCACACUGUACGUAAUUCGAGGAGGAAAGUGUUCUUUACUGUCAGCAGACACGGCCGUUAAGCUAGGCGUCAUCAGGUUCUUGAGCAUUGUUGAAUCUGAACCGUUCCCGCGCAUUACCGGUAAGCCUUGAUUUACUCUUAUAAUUUUUAUAAUAAACCUUCCUGUAUUAUCUAUUUGAUUGGGUAUGAUGUUUUGAUAAUGCAGGAAUACAAGCUAACAUAAAAAUAGACAAGACUAUCCCCCCCGUUCGUCAAAGUUUGAGACGCAUUCCAUUUCCCCUGGAAGAGAUGACUUUGCUUAAGUUGAGAGAAUUAGAAAAGCAGGACAUUAUAGAGCGAGUCACUGAAGCAUCUGAAUGGGUAUCUCCAAUGCUAGUAAAACGUAAAAGCAUUAACGAAGUCAGGAUUAUAGUAGACCUUCGCGAGGCGAAUAAGGCUGUAGUCCGUGAGGUUCAUCCACUUCCAACACUAGAACAAAUAACGAGGAAGAUCGGCGGGAAUGUAAUAUUCACAAAGCUAGAUAUAAAGCAAGCUUUCCACCAAGUCGAACUUAAAGAGGAAUGUCGCUAUAUAACCACGUUUAUCAGCCCAAUUGGUUUGAUGCGUUACAAGAGAUUGAUGUUUGGGUUAUCCGCGGCCCCUGAGUUAUUUCAAAAGGUCAUGGAAACCAUAUUAGCUGAUAUGCCAUGGUUAAUAGUAUUUAUUGACGAUAUCCUCAUUCCGGCAAAAGAUGAGGAAGAGCUAGCCCACAGAACAAAAAUGGUACACACGCGCUUACAAAAAUAC